AUGAGCUCUGUCGAAUCCUACUUGGGCUCUGCCCUGCAAACUGCCCAGGACGCUCUUGUCACCGUCGUCGACAGUCUCCAGCUCCGCAACGACGCACCAUUCUCUCCAGACGUCCCCAAAGACCUUCUCGCUUCCAUGCCUGACCUCACCGGUCGCUUGCUUCUGACGUUCCCAUGGUCCAAACCAAGACCCGUUGAUCCAUUGCAGCACAGUGUCUGGAUCUUUGACAACACUGCAUACCGCGUCCAGCCGUGCGCUUCCUCCUCAAAUCAUCUGCACUAUCUCUCUAACUGCUUCNNCAGGAGCCAGGACGCCAAGGUCAACAAGCACAACGCAGACCCCAAACUCAUCGCCAAUCCCAACAAACCUCUACCUCCACCGUCCUGGGAAGUCGAAUAUGUGGCCGCAUACUUCUCGCGCGAGACCUGUCGCGAGCCUUCACACGUCAUCGCCCACAUUGCUCGUUUGGUUGGUCUUGCUAGAGAGACAGCAAGCGAGGAAGAAUGCUUGGAUGAAGUCAAGAACAAGCUCGACAUCACACUCGUCAAGAAGCGCCUUGAGCCCUUCUUGAACCCCAUCCUGCCUCGUCACACGAUCCGCGUCAAGAUCGCCGACACCGAGACUCAAACACUGGGCCCCUCGACUUCGUCUGGCAUCUCAUCUGACCUGCUCCGUCUACACUUUGAUACUCCACCCGGUACUCAACUUACCACGACGGCGAACGCGGACCCAUCGCCGUGCUUCGUGACGCCAGGCAACACAGUCGUAGCUGAGCCUACAGGCUGGGGCAUCAUCUCGGACAUCGACGACACCAUCAAGAUCACAGGCACUCUUUCACCCAUUGCCGUGCUUAAAUCAACAUUCAUCAAUGCUCCCACUCCAGUCCCUGGCAUGCCUCAGCUCUACACGGAUCUGGUGAAGCUGCUGCACGACCCCGUCUUCUACCUCUCAGGAUCUCCCUACAACCUGUACCCAUUCUUGCGCGAUUUCCGCAAAGCACACUUCCCUGAUGGCACAAUGAUCCUUCGCGACGCUUCCUGGCAAAAUCUGGGCGGUCUGAUCAGCAGUCUAUCGGUCAAUGUUCAAGAGUAUAAAGUCGACAGGCUGGAGAAGAUGCACACUUGGUUCCCGAAACGCCAGUUCAUCUGCGUUGGCGACAGCACACAGAAGGACCCCGAGUCAUACGGUGAAAUUGCGAGACGCCAUCCUGGCUGGAUCAAAGCCAUCUACAUACGUCGCGUCCCAGACGAGAGCGACAUCCAGGGUGCUUUGAACCCUGACAGAAAUUCGGCCAAGCGCUUCGAAACAGCCUUCGAAGGACUGGACAGUAACAUGUGGUUGGUAUUUGACGACGCUGACGAGGUGAGGAUGAAUGCGCAGCUGUUGGUCAAGUAG